AUCCUCGGCUGUAGCGGCAGCCCCAGCAGCGACCGGAGCCCCAGCCCUCCCCUGACCCGGCAGCAGGUGCCUCACCAGCCGGCUCCACCGCCGUCCUUCCCCUUUCCAAGCACACAUCUCACCUUCCUUCUUUUGGCCAAGGUCCUCAGCCCCUUCAACCCUCACCCGCGCCCCAGCCUCUCUCCAGUCCCCUCCAAAUGCAGGCUGCUGUCACCCUCCCCGAGGACAUCCGUUGGCUCUUGGAAGAUGUGGAAGAAUACCUGGUAGAAGGUUUGCAGAAUGAGAAUCUUAGUACCAGUGCAUGGGAGAGCAGAGAUGCAAUUUUACGGGGCUUCCAGCAGAUCAAAGCCAGAUAUCACUUGGAUUUCCAGCCACGAGGAGGUGAUGAACCUGAAAAUUACUUUGGGCAGGACAGCUCUGAAGACUAUCCCAGUGGGACUCAUAGGCCUAGCUUAGUAUCAGAUGCAUCUUUUAUGUCAGAUUAUCAAGAUGAAGAAAUGGGAGACAUCAUUACAAAAGGGGCCCAGGAACUGGAAGACAUUAUAAAGCAGGGGUACUUGGAGAAGAAAUGCAGAGAUCAUGGUUUCUUUGGCUCCGAGUGGCAGAAGCGAUGGUGUGUUGUCAGUAAAGGGAUCUUCUACUACUACUCUAAUGAGAAAAGUAAGUGUUCCCCAUUUGCACAGCAGCCGCUCAUUCCUGGAUCCAAACACUCCGUAAAUCCUCCAACUCUGGGGCCCAUAGGUCUCAAGAUAGCAGUCUUUAACUACUCUGACAGAUUUCAGCUGCCCACUUCCUUUCCCUGUGCCUCUCUACCAAGGGUCAUGGAAAUUUUAGUGAAAUAUUCAGAAGGUGAUAAAUUAACUCACUCAUUCUUUCUCCAGUUUACAGCUAUUAAUCCAGCUGAAGCCAAAGACUGGGUGGACCAAAUAAGUUUCUUGCUGAAGGAUUUGAACUCCUUCACCAUCCCUUAUGAAGAAGAAGAAGAGGAGACGUAUGAUGAUAUUGAGGGUUUUGACUCCUCAAAUACCAAUCAACACAGCAAACCUGUUCUCUUUCCUGGAAAUGUGGGAGAGAAAGAUACUGAGGUGGAGGAGGAUCAGGAGAAGGAACAAGAAGAGGAAGAAGAUAUAUAUGAAGUCCUGCCAGAAGAAGAGCUUGCUCUGGCCGAAGACAGCAGUGGAAGUCAGCCAAAAAGAGAAAACUAUGCUAAUUAUUACCAGGGAUUAUGGGACUGUAAUAGUGAGCAUCCAGAUGAGCUGCCUUUCCAGCGAGGUGAUAUCAUCCGAAUCCUGAGCAAGGAGUAUAACAUGUAUGGCUGGUGGGUUGGAGAACUGAAUAACUUCAUCGGGAUUGUUCCAAAGGACUAUCUCACAGCUGCCUUUGAACUGGAAUAAAGAUGAAGCCUGCCAGCACCUGGCACCUCCAGACAAGAAGUGAGGGUGGAAGCAGCAUCAAGUAAAUUAUACCCAAGCAGGUAUAUGCAGAGACCUGGGAGAAGAGCUGGAAGGCCAAGCUUUUAAGAAGACACCCUCUCACCAGUGGUUAACCUGCGCAAUGCAUUCCCCUGCCCGAUGAGGAAGGGCUGCCGGGCACAGCUCUCAGUCAUUAUUUCCACGCUGAUAAAUUCAUGAUUUAUUAAAGUAACUUGGCGCCAG